AUGUCUCUCUAUCACGAAACUGCCGAAAUCCUCCUCGCGGCUGGGACAUCUGGAGGCAGUCUACGGACGCUAACCUAUGGCAAGAAGGGGCUCAAAUCGCCGCCGGCCCAGGUAUAUGCCCUCGCGGUAGAGAGCGCGAGGUGGAGCGGGGUGCUGAAGGAAGUAGUGGAGGCUAGCGAGAUUCUCAAAUUUGAGCGCAAGCUCACGCCCAUCCUUUCCUUGCUCCUCGUGCAUGACUUCCUCCUGGCCAAGGGCGGCAUUGCGCUACCGCAGUCGCACGGCCUCCGGACCACCAUUGAGAAGCACAAGGGCCGUCUGGCAUCCGAAUUCACGCGGGCCAGGAUACGCAAGAAGCAGCCGACGCUCGAGGCCCUGCGGGCACUGAUCGCCGAGGAAACGAGGACCGAGGCCGAGGGGUACCCGCGGUGGGUGCGCGUGAACGCGCUCAAGUCCGACCUGGACACGCAGCUGGAGACGACGUUUUCGUCCUUUGCGCGAGUGUUUUCCAUCGCGGACGUGAUGGCGGCGGCGGCGGGGCCAGCGGCGCGCAAGGUGGUCUACAUUGACCAACACGUGCCCAACCUCGUGGCGGUAUCGCCGGGCGUGGACCUCACCAAGACGGAGGCCGGGGACUUUAUCGACGCGUGCGCGGCGCCGGGGAACAAGACGACGCACCUGGCCGCGAUCCUGGCGACCGGGGUGGCGGAGAACGGGAGGCUGGGGAGCACGGUGUACGCGUGCGAAAAGGACCCGCACCGGGCGCAGACGCUGGCCAAGAUGGUGGACCGGGCGGGGGCCAAGGGCGUGAUCAAGGUGGCGCUGGGCCAGGAUUUUCUCAAGGUCGAUCCGGCGGACGAGCGGUACCGCGGGGUGUACGGGUUGUUGCUGGAUCCGAGCUGCUCUGGGAGCGGGAUCGUGGGGCGGGAUUCGAUGCCGGAGCUGUAUUUGCCCGAGGCGCCUCCGCCGCCGGGAGGGGCGGGGAAGAAGACGAAGGGGAAUGAUGAUGGCAGCAAGAAGAAGAACAACAAUGACAAGAAGCGGAAGCGGGACGGCGGCGGCGAGGCGGGGACGGAGGUGGCCGCGGCGGCGACCAAGCCGGUGCUGGUGGACGACGACGGCAACGAGGUGACGCUGGCGACGGAGCAGGAGUUAGCGACGCGGCUGCGGGCGCUGGCGGGGUUCCAGCUCAAGUUGUUGCUGCACGCGCUGGCGUUCCCGUCGGCGCGGCGGGUCACGUACUCGACGUGCUCGGUGCACGACGAGGAGAACGAGCACGUGGUCGUGGCGGCGCUGGGGUCGGAGCCCGACAACGAAACCCCCCAAGAGCAAGUGUCAUUGAUUAUGGGCGAGCUCCAGAAGAAGCCGAGCCCCGCCACCUUUGCGUCGGCCUCUGAGCUCAUUGGCAACACACCGCUCGUCAAGCUCAACAGGAUUCCCCAGUCGCUGGGUAUCGAGGCCGAUGUCUACGCCAAAGUCGAGCUCUUCAAUGCUGGAGGGAGUGUCAAGGACCGGAUAGCCCUCCGCAUGGUGGAGGAGGCCGAGAAGAGCGGGAGGAUCAAGCCUGGCGAUACCUUGAUUGAGCCGACUAGUGGAAACACUGGUAUUGGCUUGGCCCUUGUCGGAGCUAUCAAGGGCUACAAGACUAUCAUCACCCUCCCCGAAAAGAUGUCGGCCGAGAAGGUCUCGGUCCUGCGAGCCCUCGGCGCUACCAUCAUCCGUACUCCUACCCAAGCUGCGUGGGACAGCCCCGAAUCCCACAUUGGCGUCGCUCGCCGUCUCGAAAAGGAGAUUCCAAACGCCCACAUCCUGGACCAGUACACGAAUCCGAACAACCCCAACGCGCAUGAGUUUGGUACCGCCGAAGAGAUUUGGGAGCAGACCAAUGGCAAGAUCACUGCCGUGGUUGCCGGCGCCGGCACUGGCGGUACCAUUACGGGCCUGGCCAAGGGCUUGAAGAAGCACAACAACGACAUUAAAAUCAUCGCCGCGGACCCCCAGGGGAGUAUCCUCGCCUUGCCCGAGUCCCUCAACGAGCAGCACCGCGACGAGCCCUACAAGGUGGAGGGUAUCGGUUACGAUUUCAUCCCCGACGUGCUCGACCAGCAGAUCGUGGACAAGUGGUACAAGACCGAGGACGGCGAGUCCUUCCAGCUAGCCAGGCGCUUGAUUGCCGAAGAGGGCCUCCUCGUCGGCGGCAGCUCGGGUUCCGCCAUGGCGGCCAUGGUGAAAGCCGUCAAGGACCUUGGCCUAGGCAAGGGCGAUACCAUUGUCGUGAUCCUCCCCGACAGCAUCCGCAAUUACCUGUCCAAAUUCGCCGACGACGACUGGCUCGCGGCUAACAACCUCCUCACCCCCUCCAAGGACCUCCGCCUGCGGCCCGUCACCUCGGUGUCCGCCUCGAGCCCCUGCUCCGAGGCCAUUGAAACGAUGCGCGACAAGGGUUUCGACCAGCUGCCCGUCCUGGCCGCCGGCAGCAAGCUCGUCGGCCUCGUGACGCUGGGCAAUCUCUUGAGCUACAUCUCGCGAGGACGCGCGACGGCGCAGAGCCCCGUCAGCGAUGUCAUGUUUGACUUUAGCCGGCUCGACGAGGUCGUCACCGACCCGCGCGACCUGCCCUCGGAGGCCAAGGAGACGGGGAAGAAGAGGAAGUUUAUCGAGCUCAAGGUCGAUACGCCCCUGAAGACGCUGAGCAAGUUCCUCGAGUGGAAUAGCGCGGGUGUGAUCACGGAGAGGACGCCCGACGACAAGGGCAAGUUUAAGCCUGUGGCGGUUGUCACCAAGGUGGAUCUUUUGACUUGGAUGGUUCAGAAGUCGUAG